AAUUACUGUUUACCUAUUGAAGUUAGUUUUCCACACGGUUACGCAAGUUGUAGUCGAAUCUUAGUGUAAAAAAAUUGUGGGUGGCUUUAAUUGUUUAAAUAGUCAUCAGUUAAAUUCUAAGCUGCGUCUUCCUAAAUUUAACAUUUUUAGUGUGCGUGUGAGGGUCGACACUUUUGAAAAAAUAUUUCUUCGGUUAACUAAUGAAAAAAAAGGUGCUCGUUCUUCUACUUUCUCAAAAAUGUGCAGCGAUGAAGCACAGAUCAUUAAUCAUGGCAAGAUUUUACACAAUUCAACUUGUCUAUACAUCAUUUACGACCGAUUGCAUCAUCAUCAUUUAAAUCAUUAGCACAUUACUAUGUAAUGGUUGCAAAAAAUAUGGGAAACGAAUUAUGGCGGAAAACGAAAAUCGCAAUCGGGUCGACGAGAUGUUUAACAACAAGACGGUGCUGGUCAGUGGAGGUACCGGGUAUAUGGGGAAGGUUCUCAUCGAGAAGAUCCUGAGAACGUGCCCAAGUGUAAAGAGGAUCUACACGCUUGUAAGGAAAAAGAAGGGGAAGGAUCCGCAGGAUCGACUCAAAGAAAUUUUCAACAGUGUGAUUUUCGACCUGGUGAAAAAUACCGUCGGCGAGGAGGUGUUAAAGAAAGUCGUGGUCAUUUCCGGAGAUGUGCUAGAGGAAAGCUUGGGUCUGUCGAGAGAAGAUCGAGCAACUCUGAGAAACGAAACGAAUAUAAUCUACCACUUGGCCGCCACGAUUAGGUUCAACGAUACUUUAACAAAUUCAGUCCUGCUGAACGUCAGAGGAACGAGGUACAUGCUAGAUUUUGCUAAAGAAUGCAAGGAUCUAAUUGUUUUCCAUCACGUAUCCACCGCUUACACGUAUCCAAAGGAGAAGGUUUUGCACGACAAGCUGUAUCCUCCCCCCGCCGAUCCUCACAUGUUCAUAAAGCUUGUCGAAUGGAUGGACCCAGGAGCUGUCGAUUCUAUAAGUCAGACACUUUUAAAUGGGUACCCGAACAAUUACGUGUUUAGCAAAGCACUUGCUGAGGGACUCGUCAAUGACGAAAUGGAUAAGCUACCAGUCAUCAUUUCGCGACCUUCUAUUGUGAUCCCAGUAUGGCAAGAACCUGUACCGGGGUGGACCGACAACAUCAACGGUCCUACUGGUCUUUUAGUUGCAGCGGGCAAAGGCGUACUACGAACGAUGUACUGCGAUUCUCAAGGAUACGCGGAUUUUAUUCCCGUUGACAUCGCGGUCAACGCUUUACUGGUUACCACCUUGGACUUCAUCCUCCGCGGGCAAAGACGCGUCUACAACUGCACGUCGUCAACGGUCAAAGUAACGUGGGAGGAGAUCAUUGAAAGAGGAAGAAAACUGGUCGAGAAGCGAUUACCAUUCAACGGCGUCGUUUGGUAUCCCGGCGGAUCGAUGAAACGUUCCAAAUUGCACCACCAAAUAAGCGUCAUCCUCUUCCAUUACAUUCCCGCUAUUAUUCUAGACUCGCUUAUCUUCCUGUCGGGGAACAAACCAGUAUUGUGGAAGAUCCAGCAGAGGAUCACGAGGGGUUCCGACAUGUUGGAGUAUUACGCAAACAAUCGGUGGGAGUUCAAGCGUGACGGUUUGCUGGCCGUGCGUGAUUCGCUGACUCAACGCGAGAUGGAGCUUUAUAAGUUGAACGAGCAAGGUAUGGAUUUGGACGAGUAUUUGUACAAUUGCACGCACGCGGCCAGGUUGUACAUGUUCAACGAGGGGGAUGAGACGAUUCCCGCUGCGAAAAGGCACAUGGCGAUAAUGUUGUUCGUGGACAGAUUGUGCAAGUUUCUACUCGUCAUUGGAUCUUUUUAUCUAUUGUAUCAGUGUUUUAUUGGACGGUGACAAUUAAAUUAAGAUGAAUGCUUUUGAAUCUUAA